AAAAAAGAACAGGAAAGUCGAUCGUCUCUCUCUCUCUUGGGCGAAUCGUUUCGUGGGACGCGGGAAAAUGCAGGAGGAGGAAGCCAAGAUCUUGCUGGGCUUUCCUCCCAACUCUCUUCCUGAUCCUUCUCAGGUUAAAGCAGCGUACCGGAAGAAAGUGUGGGAAUCACAUCCUGACCUGUUCCCCGAUGAUCAGAAGCUCCAUGCUGAGUCUAUGUUCAAAUCUAUAUCUGAAGCUUACUCUUGCCUUGAGUCAGGUGAUGUUAAAGGCCAACACUAUUCCAGAUCAGGUGGGUAUUCGAGGGUGGUCAAGACGGGAGUCCCACGGACAUAUGCAUAUGCCAAAAGAGGUAACGCGUGGUUGAUCGGUGCACCUUUUCUUUUGAUCGUCCUUGGAACCAUCGGCCUUGGUGGUGUCAAAGCUAACAGGGCGUACAAUAUGCAAAAACAGACGUUCCCCUCUCAUAAUCCGUUCCUCCCUUGAUUCAUUCAGUCUCUCUCUUUCAACCAAAAAAAAAAAGCAUUUGAAUCAGAGAGCAGCCAACAGGGAUGUCAAGUUAGAGUUAACUCUUAUAAGAUUUGAAGUCCUAGGAAUUUGGGGGUUAUCUGUUUGGUGAUUCCUAUACUUGUUGUAAUUUUAAUGGCAUACACAAGACACCAACUUCUGUACAUUGUAAUAUUGUAUUAUAAUACUUGAUUCAUUGAGA